UUGAGAUAAAUUCUUGAGGUUUUUCGAUGAAACUUUCAAUUUUAUCGGUUUUGUCAAAUAUAACUACGCCAUACUUUGAUGGUUCUUCUACUUUAGUUCUUCUUGGUCUAAUUAACAAUCCUUUUCUUUAGAUUACCUCCAAUGCUUUGGGCGUUCUAAUAAUAUUUAUUGAAUAAUAUAAUAAGUAAGAAAGAUGCAAAAGUUUAAGCAAGCUCAAGUAGAAAAUAAAAUGUCUAUUAGACGACAUUUAGAAGCGAUUGCUUCUCUUGAUUCGAGUAGUGAAGACGAAGACAUUAUAUGUGAGGAAGAUAUACAAAGGACGUUAGAUGAAGUUUUAUCAGCUUAUAAUGGUGAACGUUUAAACACAGAAAAGAUUAUGUCGUAUUUGAUUAACAUUUUUCAAUCUGGUGGUGCUAUAUGUUUAAUAUGUAUUUCAACAGUAAAAAGAACAGAUCCCAUAUGGAACUGUUAUAAAUGUUAUUCUUUUAUGCAUUUGACGUGUAUUUUACAUUGGAUACGAGAUACUCUAGCCCAUAAACAUGAACAAGGAAUUAAACCAACUUGGACGUGUCCAAAAUGUAGAGCAGAAUAUGAAGAAGAUGAAAUUCCAAAAGUCUACAAAUGUUUCUGCAACAGCGUUGAAAAUCCGUCUAAUCAAACAUGGAUUGUUCCGCAUUCUUGUGGAGAAACUUGUGGGAAAUAUUUGGAACCUAACUGUGGACAUAAAUGUGUAUUGUUAUGUCAUCCUGGACCAUGUCCACCUUGUGCAAAAACGGUGGUAAUUAAUUGUUAUUGUGGAAAGCAGCCUGCCCGUCCAUUGCGAUGUAAUAUAAGUGGUUGGAGUUGUAAUAACAUAUGCAAUAAAAAAUACGAUCGAUGUAACCAUACUUGUAAAGAAAUUUGCCAUGCUGGAGAUUGUCCACCAUGUAUGGAAAUUCUACUAACGGAUUGUCGUUGUAAAAGUAGUAGGCAAAAGAAAAAUUGCAAUGAAGUUACUUGGACUUGUAAUAAGCCUUGUAAUAGGCUAUUGUCUUGCAAAAUACAUACCUGUGAAGGUAUUUGUCAUUCUAUUAACGAUUGUGGAGAUUGUCCAAAGAAAUUUAGAACUUGCCCCUGUGGUAAAAACCGAUAUACAGUUUCAUGUAAGGAACAACAAUUACUCAAAUGUGGAAAUACUUGUGGAAAAUUACUAAAUUGUGGUUUACACUUUUGCAACAUGACAUGUCAUUUUGAAAAAUGCGGUCAGUGCUUGGAGAUGGUCAGAAAAUCGUGUAGAUGUGGGAAUUUUACAAAAGAAAUAGCUUGUGGGAAAGAAUUUCACUGUAAUAAAAAAUGUACUCAAAAAAGACUUUGUGGAAGACAUCUGUGCAAUAAAAAAUGUUGCGAUUGUUUAGUAAAAAAUACCUUUAAUAUAUGUGAAAAAGUAUGCAACAAUCUUCUUAAUUGUCAGAAACAUAAAUGUCUAGCAGCUUGUCAUAGUGGACCUUGCUACCCAUGCUCUCGUUCUGAUAUAAUUCAAUGCAAGUGUGGUAAUAAAAAGAUAAUAGUACCUUGUGGAAGCAAAAGAAAAAUUAAACCACCACAUUGUAAUAAACCAUGUAAAGUACGCUCUAUUUGUAUUCAUCCUGAGAGAGAGAUCCAUAAGUGUCAUCAAGGUCCAUGUCCGCCAUGUAAGAAAAUUUGUGGUUUAAUUCAUAAAAAAUGUGGACAUAAAUGUUUAGCUGUUUGUCAUAGUAAGGUUUGGGUCAAAACGAGCUUAAAUAGUAUACAAGGAGAGCCCAAAGGUCCAUGGGAAAAAGAAAGAUAUAUGAUGGAAUUAAAAACAUUGCCUUGUCCCCCUUGUGAAUUUCCUAUUGAAGUAGAAUGCUUAGGUGGACACGAAACACGUACAUUGCCUUGUUAUAUCGCUAAAGCCGAUUCUUGUGGAAGACCAUGUGGUCAGUUACUAGAAUGUACAAAUCACACUUGCGAAUUAAUGUGCCAUGAUGUAAAAUCAUCAGAAGGAAUGAUUGGUAAUACACAAUGUAUGCCAUGUGAAAGACCAUGCUCGUUUGCACGUCCCAAAGAAUGUUUGCAUAAGUGUUUAAAAUCUUGUCAUCCCGCACCAUGCGACUUAUGUCAACAAUUAGUACGUAUUUCUUGCCAUUGUGGCAUCAGUAUUUUAUAUAGACGUUGCAUAGAUCUAACAUCCGCAACAGUCAAGCAACGCGAAGAGCUGUUAAAGUGUGGAAAUCAAUGCCCAAAAAAUUAUCCAUGUGGUCAUAGGUGCAAUGAUAUUUGUCAUCCUGGAUUAUGUAAAAAGCCAGAUGCAUGUAAUAAGAAAGUAAAACUAUGGUGUAAAUGUAAACGCAUUAAAAAGGAAUAUGUUUGUUCUGUUAUACAAGAAAAGAAAAUUGUAGUUGAAUGUGAUAGUGUUUGUCAGUCACUUAUUAAUGAAAAAGAUAAAGCUAACAAAAUCAAAGAAAUACAACGUAAACGCGAAGAAGAAUUACGUAAUCAGGAAGAAAUCGAAAAAUUCCAAAGAAAAUUUAAACCACGACGAAAAGCAAAGGAUAAAUUGAAAAAAGAAUUAGCGAAUUCAAACGAGGAAAAUAGUAAAACAUUCAUAUUGGUUUUGAUAACAACCAUUUCUAUAGCUAUUAUAAGUAUUAUUGUAAUUUAUGCUAACUUAAGUUAAUUUAAUAUAGAAAACGUUGAAAUUA